CAGGAAAUUAAUUUAAAAAAAAACUCAACAGAAGCAGCAAUAACAAGAAAGAGCUGCAAAGACAGAAGUAGCAACAAGAGCUACAAGGCAACGGCAGUAGCAACAAGAGCUACAAGGGCAACGGCAGUAGCAACAAGAGCUACAAGGGUAAUGAUCUGUAAGGAUAACAGAUAUAUAAACCAGCAAGAACUACAAGUAACUCCCAUUAUAAUAGUUGGAAGAGGAAUUGAAGAUCAAGCUGAAACAGCUAGUGAUAAUAAAGAAAGAGAUGGUGAAGAAGACGACAAUGAAGACAAUGAAGAAGAAGACAGUGAAGAUAAUAAAAAAGGAGACAGUGAAGAUAAUGAAGCAAAAAAUGAGAACUCCAAUAUUAUUCAAGAUUGGAAUUAG